GUUAGUUUUGGCAAAAACCCCUAUAAACAAAUAGCUACAAAUCGUAGUCGUAGCUAUUAUAGUUGCAAGUAGCUACACUAUAAACCGUGGCUAUUAAAAUGAAAUUUCAAAAAAAAAAAUAUAAAUCACAAAACAAAAAUUGAAUAAAAUAUAAAAUUAGUGAAACUGUUUUCAAAAUAGAACUAAUUAACAAAUAGAAAUUUAUUUUAUUAAUUGAAAUUGGGUUUACAAAAAAAAUCUAACCAGGUAAAAAGACUAAGCCUAAAAAAUAGUAAUUUCUCCGACGCCUCCUCGGACCACCGCAAUCGCUGUGACUGAGACCACCACCGUUGUAACUAUGACCAGGCCCGUCUCAACUAAAAAAUGGGCUCUAUGCUAUAGAAGAAUUUGAGACUUAUUUCCUCAUAUAAAAAUAGCUUCUAAAAUAUUGAACCCUAAUUUAAACUAAAAAAAUCCAAAAAUUGCAACAGGUCAUGUGCGCUUCGAGCACAUGCUUAGGACGGGACCUGACUAUGACCACCACCUCUGCGACUGCAAAUCUGCAACCACAACACAACCGCUGCUGCAGACUGCGAACACCACCACCUCUAUGACCUGAAACCCCAAACCCCAAAUCAUCAAAACGAGACAACGAAGUUCAAUCAUCCAAAAGGGUGAAGCUAAGAUAAAAUGAUACCUGAAGAUUCAGCCACAGCAGACUCCGGUUUGCUCUCCACUUUUUCAGAGUCAUUGACGACGCCACCACCUCAGCCUUCAAUCUCCUCGGUUUUCACUUAGACAGCGCGCCUCGUCCGUUCCCUGAGGGGAAGAGGAUGUGACUGAUCGUGUCGUUAUCGGAAAAGGUGCUUAGGGUUUCGUAGUGCUGAAUCAUGUAGUGAAUAAUGUUAUCUACGUCGGUGUUGGGUACGACGGCCCGAGGGUAGGAGCGAAUCGAUUCGCGGAGGAGAGGGAGGCAAUAAUUGGUUAGGUUUAUUGACCACUCGGCGCAGAGUUCAUUGACUCGGAGAGGUUUCUUGCAGGACAAGCGAGAGGACUCCAUUUGUUUUUUUUGGAGGGAAGAAGAGAUCUGAUCGUUAUCAUCGUUUUAAUUGAACCUAAACCGAAUCUUGUAAGAUAAUUUCGGUUCGGUUUUAAAUGACCAAAACUAUACCAAUUUAAAACAUUUAAUUUUCUUAUUUUAGUUACACUCCGCACGAAACCGACUUUUAAGAUCUCUGACCGUCAACGGCAGCGCUCAUCGUUGGUUCUGUUUUGGUGGUGGAAGCUGCCGCGUCUCGCACGAUUCAUACGGCGGCCGCGAAGCCAAUCCUCCCGCCUUUUCUUCUCUGCCGAUUUCUGAUUCUCCUUUUACGCCCUCCGGUUUACUUAUUCACAAUUACGUCUGGAAAAAUCUAAUUAUGCUCAUUUCAUGACUACAGAAGCCGAAGAAAGUAUUGGGGUGAGAAUAUAAAUGUAAGAAAAGUCAGAGGGCACAAAAAGUAAAAAGAAAAGAAAAAAAUUCAGAGGAGAAAGAGUUAUGACAAAUAAACAAAGAGAAAGAAGAAAAAACAAAGUGUAACUGUAUUUGCCAGCAACAAGACUGUGUGACACAUGAUUUGGCCUUUGAGAAAAGGCAAACUGCUUUGCACACAAGCAUCAUAGUAACCACAAACAAAGAGUCUUUCUUUUUUCUUUUUGUUUCUAUUUGAUAUUUUGGUUUAUUUACGUUUCAUCCAGUGGUCAAAGAAAAAUGUUAGAAUUUUGGAGAAGAUGAGUGGGAAAAGGGAAAGUUUUUCUGUUUAUUUGAGUUGAGUGAGUCUGUUGGAUCUACAUCUGAAUUUUGCAAGAAAAUGAGGAAACAUGGAUGGCAACUUCCUUACCAUCCUCUUCAGGUGGUGGCUGUUGCUGUGUUCUUGGCUCUUGCGUUUGCUUUCUUCGUCUUCUUUGCUCCUUUUGUUGGGAGCAACCUUCACCAGUACAUUGCCAUGGGUAUAUACUCUCCUCUGAUUACAUGUGUGGUUGGACUGUAUAUAUGGUGUGCGGCGUCAGAUCCUGCAGACCGUGGAGUUUUCCGGUCAAAGAAGUACCUGAAAGUCCCUGAAAACGGGAAACUUCCUCAUUCAAAAAAUAUAAAAGAUGGCUGUGGAUCAACUACAGGUCCAGGUGGUGCCAAGUCUUAUGACAGCACAUGUGUACAAGAUCAAGUAAAUAGAACUAACAAGAAGUUGGAGUCGUCACAAAGAUCGUCUCUCCUGCGUCUGAUCUGCUCUCCUUGUGCAUUGCUUUGUGGUUGUUGCAGUGGAAGAGGUGAAUCUUCUGAGCAGCAGACGAGUGAGGAUGGGAUGUUUUAUUGCAGUCUUUGUGAAGUUGAGGUCUUCAAAUACAGCAAACAUUGCAGAGUUUGUGGCAAAUGUGUGGACAGUUUUGAUCAUCACUGCAGGUGGCUAAACAACUGCAUUGGCAAGCGGAAUUACAGAAAGUUCUUCAGCCUUAUGGUAUCAGCUAUCUUUUUGCUCAUUAUGCAAUGGUCAACUGGAAUUUAUGUGCUGGUGUUAUGUCUGCUCCGAAGGAACCAGUUUAAUGCAGACAUUGCCUUAAAGUUGGGAAGCAGCUUCUCGCUUGUUCCAUUUGUUAUAGUCGUUGGAGUUUGCACUCUAUUAGCAAUGCUGGCAACGCUACCGCUUGCUCAGCUCUUCUUCUUCCACAUUCUUCUCGUUAAAAAGGGGAUCAGUACAUACGACUACAUAGUUGCACUUAGGGAACAAGAGCAAGAGCUUGAAGCGGGUGAAGGUCAACAAAACCCUCAAAUGUCAAUGAUCAGCUCAUUCACUGGACUAAGCAGUGCAAGCUCCUUCAACGCAGUUCACCGUGGAGCUUGGUGCACCCCACCUCGUUUGUUUGUUGAGGAUCAGUUUGAUGUAGUUCCACCAGAGAAUGCGUCUGUGAGUUCAUAUGGCAAGAAGACGGUAGUAGCUGAGGAACGCGUCAAGAAGAAGACACAACCUGUGAAGAUAAGUCCAUGGACUCUAGCGCGUCUCAAUGCAGAAGAAGUUUCAAAGGCAGCAGCAGAAGCAAGGAAGAAGUCCAAGAUCAUCCAGCCUGUGGCUAGACGUGAAAACCCUUUUCUUGGGAUAGAAGCAAGCAGCAGUGGCCGUAGAAUGUUCCCUGCAAAAUCUGAAGCUGUUAAUAGUAACGGGAAACAGAGAAGGCAUCAGUCAAAGCGGAUACGGUUACCAGCAGAACCGUUAAUGAAUGUUCAGAGUAGAGCUGGGCUAGCUCCUCUUCAGCUAGAAGCAAGAAGUGCGUUUCGGACAAACCGAGAGAUGUCAGGGUCAGGUGGUGGUGUUAUGAUUACAUCUUCACCAGAGAGCAGCUUAGAAGACUUACAUGACAUUCACCCUUUUAGAGUUUCGUCUGAAGCAGAGGAUUCAAUGCAACUCAAUGGGUUUUCUUCAGCUGUUGGUUUGAUGGGUCAACAGAGAGAAGAAGAAGAACAACAACAAUCCAUGAUGAUGUCAUUGUCAAGGUCUACAAGUGAUGGCUAUGAUGCAUCUGGAGGUGAAGACAGUGAUCAGGUUCCUUCUAGAAACAUCCACAAAUCAAGAUGAGAAGUAAUCACACUCUAGUUUUGGCUUUUAAGAGUUGAGAAUGCUUGAGGUGGAUGGUCACAUUCAAAUGGAUUGAUCAUACAUAGAUUAAAAUCCUACCAAUAUCAUCUUUUGUAUAAGGUAGGUUAGGUUUGGACAUUCGAGUCUUGAUCAGUUUUUAUCGGGUCUCCUCUCCAUUUUUGGAACCCGUUUAAUAUCCGAAAAUUUUCGUAUAUAAUUUUGUUCGGUAUCUAGUAACGAAAAGUGUAUGAAUUAUCCAAAAAUAAACAUGAAUAGCCGAGAAAAAGAACUAAAAAUA